UUCAUAACGCCAAGAACGGUGGCUGCAGAUUUGUAUAUCUGGGAGAGACCCCAGCGAAACACACGUUUGGUAUAAAUACCAGUGGGAAAAUGUUUGGCGUUUCCAAGCAUCGGAGCCUUUUUUAUAUUAUUUUUCUGAGUACUAAAUACUGGAAGUGGUGAGUGUGCCAUGAACAGCUGGUGGAGGUGCAAUGAGGCCUCACUCCGAACUCUGCAUGUACUGCUCCUGGGUCAGGUCGUUUCUUUUGUCCUUGCAGUUUCCGGCUUCACUUCGUCUUUUAUAGCCGAUCUUGGUGUGGAUGCGCCUCUUACCCAGAGUUUCUUCACUUAUCUGUGUUUAGCUUUGGUCAAUGGGAGUAUCUUGUUGUAUAGGCGUCAGAGACUACAGGUUUCUUGGUAUUGGUAUCUCUUCUUGGGCUUUAUCGACGUUCAAGGGAAUUAUCUGGUCAAUAAAGCGUUCCAGUAUUCAUCACUUACUAGUGUGGCAUUAUUGGACUGUUGGACAAUACCAUGGGUCAUUAUUCUCACAUGGAUCUUUCUAGGCACUCGAUAUUCCAUAUGGCAGUUCUUUGGCGCUGCCCUCUGUGUUGCAGGCCUUGGUUUAGUGCUUCUCUCUGAUGCAGGGGUUGGUGGUGAAGGUGGUUCAAGACCUCUUCUUGGUGACACACUUGUCAUUGCAGGGACACUUUGCAUUGCCAUGAGCAACGUUGGUGAGGAAUUUUGUGUCAAGAAGAAAGAUCGUGUUGAGCUAAUGUCAAUGCUUGGUCUUUUUGGAUUGCUAGUGAGUGUAUGUGAGAUAUCCAUAGUGGAGUUAAAGAGUCUGGAAUCAAUUGAAUGGUCUACCGAGAUUGUAUUAGCCUUUGUUGGUUUUGCUCUGUCAAACUUUCUGUUCUAUACUCUUGUUCCUUUUCUUCUAAAGAUUAGUGGAGCCACAAUGUUCAACCUUUCUGCUCUCACAUCUGAUAUGUGGGCAGUGGUGAUUCGCAUCUUUUUCUACCACCAGAAGGUUGACUGGUUAUACUAUCUUUCUUUUGCAGUUGUUGCUAUUGGCAUCAUCAUUUAUUCAAAUACCGAGAAGGAUCCCAUUCCUUCACCAUCUCCUGAGACCGGAGACCUAAGUGCACAAUACCAAGUGCUUAAUGGAGAGAGUACAGAAUCUAGGAAUGCGAUUCCUGGUUCAUGAGGACCGGUGCAAUCAAAAGCUACUAGUGGAAAUUUAUAUGCAGGAAAGCAAUGGUGAAAUUUGAACCUUCCUCCAUUGCAAGAAUCUCUAACUCUACGGGCUGAGACGCUCCAUUCUAUCACAUGUAGCUGUACUAUGCGAUAUUCAAUUAUAAAGUAUGUUGUCACACUUUGAUAUUUUCUGGUAUUAAGUUAUGGACGAAACAUGUGUUCUUACAUGGUAUUAUAAAUAAUAUAUCAAUCUCGACGGUCACAUUUUAUUUCUAA